UUUAUUAUAAUACUGAUACAGUUUUUUACUACAACAAAUAACACUGCUGCUGCCAGUCACUCCAACUGUUAGAGGAAACAUGUAAAAUAUACCAAGCAGCUGUAAUAUAAACUAGUAGUGGCACACACGGAACUGAAUGACAGCAACGUAAGUUGUGUGCGGACCGGGAGAGGUAAGGUUGCAGCACCGGCGGUAAGGCGCUCUCACCUCUACUAGGAUGGCUUCGCUCCGGGUGCUGGAGCUGUACAGCGGUAUCGGAGGCAUGCAUUGCGGCCUGACAGAGAGCGGAGUAUCUGCUAACAUUGUUGCAGCUGUUGAUGUUAAUACUACUGCUAAUGAAGUCUACAGAUAUAAUUUUCCCAAAACACCACUAUGGCCAAAGUCUAUUGAGGGAAUAACAUUAAAAGAGUUGGAUGCUUUAGCUUUUGAUAUGAUUCUCAUGAGUCCUCCUUGCCAGCCAUUUACACGAAUAGGCCUGCAGGCUGAUGUUUCUGACCCAAGGGCUAAAAGUUUCCUUUAUAUCCUGGAUAUUCUUCCAAGGCUGAAAAAAACUCCAUCAUAUAUUCUUUUAGAGAAUGUGAAAGGAUUUGAAUCUUCGAUUGCCAGAGAAGCCCUGGUUCAAACAUUAGAAAAAUGUGGCUAUAGGUACCAAGAGUUUCUAUUGUCGCCAACGUGUCUAGGCAUUCCAAAUUCAAGACUGCGUUAUUUUCUGAUUGCAAAGCUUCAAAAGGAACCAUUUGCUUUCCAGACCACCAAUAAAAUACUUGAAGAAUUUCCAUUGGAACCAAACUUCUCCAGUUCGGCACAUUGUUUGGAAGGAAAUGUGCAGGCAGUUACAGAUGAGAAAAAUAUGAUAAGCUAUCCUAUUUAUGUUACCAAGCAAUGUUCAGAAGGGGAGCUCCUUUACAAACUAGAGACUGCUGGAGAGAUGCAAAGAAAACUAAUUCAGGAUAAUGAUUCCUCUGUUCGAAUGUUAGAAGACUUUCUUGAAACAAAUGUUAAAGAUUUGGAUCAAUAUUUCCUACCCUCAAAGUCUUUACUGCGAUAUGCUUUAAUUCUGGACAUUGUUAAACCUACAUGUAGAAGAUCAACAUGCUUUACAAAAGGGUAUGGACACUAUGUUGAAGGCACCGGUUCUGUAAUUCAGACUGCUACAGAUGUGGAGAUUGAGUCAGUAUACAAAUCACUGGAUAAUUUGUCUCAAGAAGAAAAACUUGCAAAAUUGGCUACUCUGAAAAUGAGAUAUUUUACUCCUAGAGAAAUAGCAAAUCUUCAUGGAUUUCCAUCAAGUUUUGGUUUUCCGGAAAAAAUCACUACAAAACAACGUUACAGACUUCUUGGGAAUAGUCUCAAUGUACAUAUUGUAGCUAAUCUCAUCUCCAUUCUUCUUCAUUAGUAUUGAUAUUCAUAAAGGUUAUUACCAAAAGGUGAUACCAAACACUUCAAUAAAAAUGGGAGAAUCAAGUUUUUACAAAAAACAUAAACUGAAAUAUAAAUAUUCAGUUGGGUUAUCUGCUACUAUAGAUGUGUCAAUCAUGUUGUAAUAAAUAAUUUUAUACAGAA